AUGCGGCUUCUCAAGACGGGAGCGUUUGUGCGUGCCGCUCAAGCUGCCAGAUUGUCAAUUCCUGGCUGUUCAAGGGCUCCUACCUCAUCCCCAGUCGUGGUAGCAUCGAGAUGGGCGUCCUCCCAGGCUCAAGCCCAAGCUGCAACCGAAGAGCAAUCCUUCCCCGAACAAUCUGUCAACCUUGUCAACGAGGUCGACCCGGCAAAGACUGGUGCGGCUUCAAGCCAGAGCGGAGAUCAUGUCGAGUUUGAGAAAAAGCUACAAGAGUUGGGCCAGGAGAACAAAAUAGUCCACGACAAUGGACAAUCUGGAGCAAAGAUCCUGGGUUCACCGUACAUUUUCGAUCGGACCUCAAAUCUCUCCAGCUCCAUCCUAGACCUCGUCGGUCGUAACCUUUACGAUCAUCCUGACCACCCCAUCUGUAUUACGCGGAAGCUCAUAGAGUCAUGUUUCGAAGAAUCGACGUUCAAACACUUCGCGAUGGGGAAUCCGGUCGUCACGGUCAGAGACAAUUUUGAUAUCCUAGGCUUCCCUGCGGACCAUCCAGGCCGUUCAAGGACAGAUACAUACUAUGUCAAUUCAUCUCAGCUCCUGCGCACACAUACUUCUGCACACCAAAACGCCGCAUUUAAGUGGCUCGCAAAGAAUCCUUCGAGCAAAGGGUACACCAUCUGUGCCGAUGUCUACCGCAGAGAUAGUAUCGACAGGAGUCAUUUUCCGGUGUUCCACCAAAUGGAAGGUGCCCGAGUUUGGGAAGCCCAGCAGAACCGAGCCGCUCAGAUCGAGCGGGACUGUGAAGAGAUGCCAAAGACCGGUCUCGUUGUAGAAGACCAAGCCACCGACUUCACGGGGACUGCAAACCCCUUGCAACCUGAACAUGACCCCGCGGAAGUGCAACAAGUCGCCAGACAUCUCAAACUAAGCCUCGAGUAUCUUGUCAGCCGUAUCCUCGAGGCCUCUCGACAAUCGCUUCCCUCCGCUGCCAGAACCGACGCCCCUAUGCAAGCUCGCUGGAUUGAAGCCUAUUUCCCCUUCACGUCGCCCUCUUUCGAACUGGAGGUCCUGUGGCAUGGGGGAGAAUGGUUAGAGCUGCUUGGAAGCGGCGUCGUGAAGCAAUCCAUACUAAGCAGAGCGGGACUGAAUGACCAUAUCAGCUGGGCCUGGGGUUUAGGCAUUGAGCGCUUCGCGAUGCUCUUGUUUGGUAUCCCUGACAUUCGUCUGUUCUGGUCCACCGAUCCAAGGUUUUUGAAACAGUUCACUCGUGGGAAGAUCACCAAAUUCGAACCAUUCAGCAAAUAUCCUGCCUGCUACAAGGACAUUGCAUUCUGGAUCAAACUAGCCCCUUCAGCGUCAUCACCGCUCGCUUCACAACCAGCGCACGCGACCUCAGGUGUUGCUGCUGCUGCGGGGGGGGAUGCCACAAAAGCAUCCCCAACAGAAACUCAGCCAGCUGCAUUCCACGAAAAUGAUAUCAUGGAAGUUGUACGAGACGUGGCAGGCAGUCUAGUUGAAGACGUGAAACUAGUCGACGAGUUCGUGCAUCCCACCACAGGGAGGAAGAGUCUCUGUUACCGGAUCAACUACCGAAGUCUCGAGAGGACAUUGACAAACGACGAAGUCAAUGGAUUGCACGAAGAAGUCGGCCGCAGAAUGAAGGACCUAUUGGGGGUUGAACUUCGUUAA